AUGGAUAGACCAAGAAAAGGCAGCUCAACCAAAAGCCAGAUAUCCCAAACCUAUGUUAAAAAGGUCGCCAACAUAUUGACUACACGCGGCUAUUCAAAACAAGACGCUGAUAAACAUGCAAAAGAAUUAGUUUCCGAUUGGAAGAAGAGCAACAGCGGACCAGCUGAUCCCGAUAAUUUAGAAAAGCAUUUGCAACACAAAUAUGAAAUGUUUAGGCAAAGUGGCAAUAUACAACCUCAACAGCAAAAAGACGUUAUCGAAAUGGCAAGGGAAAUGACAUUAGCACUUCCUGAAAUCAAACACUUUAAAGACACAACGAGCUCAAUUGGUACAAAUGAUAGAAAUCUCUUAGAUCAACUCAUCAAAUUUAUAGAAAGCAUAAUGAAUUAUGAGCCACGAAUAAUUAUCCAAGAGGAGAAGCAACUGAACGUAGGGCUGUACUAUGAACGACUUUUUAUUCCUAUUCAUAAGACUAUUACAAAGAAGAGCGGAUUCCAGCACCAUCAAGCACAACAGCAACAACAGCAAACACAGCAACAUAUGCAGCAGUCAAAUUCUACUUCUUCUAUGAUGCAAUCUCCAGCUGCAUCGAACUCUGGAAAUAUGUCAAGAAUUUCAUCGAGUCAUAACCUUCCAGUUUCCCAACCAAACAACAUGCAGCAACUCCAGCAGCAACAGGCCAACUACAGACAACAAUCCCAACAGAUACAGACCCCUCAACAGCCAAUGCAACAAAUGGCGAUGACUCCUCAACAAGUUCAGCCUCCUCCAGUACAACAGCAACCACCUCCACCACCUCCACCUCCUACCCCACCAUCACUUCCACCAACAAGGCAGCAAAUCGCUCAACAAAAGGCUGCACAACAACAAGCAGCUCAAUUAGCCCAACAACAACAGCAGCAACAGCAGGUACAGCAACAACAACAGAUACAGCCACCUCCACAGGUGUCCCCUCAGCCAGUUCAACAGCCUGUGAUGCAACCACCGCCACAACCGGCUGCUCCUAAGCCAAUUAUGGAUACAAAGCGUCAGAUUAUAACUCUAUUCUCACAGGUGAGGACAGAAUGCGCUGUUUUCUAUGCUACUCCUCAUCCUCCUCAUUUUUAA